AUGACUGAUCGCUAUGCGAUAUCAUCCGAGCCCUGGACAAUUUCAACACAGCAAACUCCUUUGGUCGAUACGGCAAAGCCAUUGAAGAAAGCAGUAGAGGUGGUAGUUGCAAGCCAGAAAGACGACAACACUACCUGGCUCGAUGCAUUCGCAGACUGGCCGAGAGCGAUAUACGUAACUGAUGACCCUCAAGCGGCACUAAAGGUGCCCAUCAACAAAGGUCGAGAGGGGAUGGUAUAUUUGAGCUAUAUCAUCGACCACUACGACGAAUUGCCAACUGUCGCCAUCUUCUCUCACUCGAAGCGCUACCAAUGGCACAACGAUGAUCCUCUAUACGAUGGUCUUUCUGUCCUAUCUCGGCUGAAUCUUUCCCACGUCGAGGCACAAGGCUACACCAACCUUCGUUGCGUGUGGUCGUUAGGCUGCCCGAGUGAGAUUCAUCCUUGGGUAGAAGCUGAAGCGCCACCUCCGGAGUCUGAUCCGGAAUCCAACAGUGCCCGCGCGGGAUCGUUCUACAAGGCCGCUUUCCAGCAGAUUUUCCCGGAUACUACUGUUCCGGAAACCGUGGGAGCACCUUGCUGUGCGCAGUUUGCAGUGACUGCUGCGAAGAUUCAGGAAAGGCCUAAGGCCGACUAUGAGCGGAUUCGGGAUUGGUUGUUGGAGACGCCUUUGAAUGAUAAUUUGAGUGGGAGGAUACUGGAAUAUAUGUGGCAUAUCAUCUUUGGCCAAGAAGCAGUUCACUGUCCCGAUCCCGAGGAGUGCUACUGUAAGCUCUAUGGUAUCUGCGGAGUGCCCUGUGAUGUGUUUGGCCAGUGCAAAGGGGUUUUCACUAUGCCGUCGUAUUCGACAUUGCCUGAUGGCUGGCCCGACUAUGGCUGGGAAAAGGAAUGGCAGAACGCGACGGAGAUCAGGAGGAACUUUGAAAAGGCCUUUGGGCUUUCUGGAAACACUCCGGAGUCUUGA